UUGAAGCUUUACCAGUUUACCGUUUAUCUUCAAAAAAAGGUCGUACCCAUCUCGACACAUUCAAAUGUCAAAAUUGUAGGUAGUUAUGCUUCAACCGUGCACCAGAAUGUUCUGCAAAUGUGAACGAUUUAGGCAAGGCGAAAAUUCGCGUCCGGUAAACUGGACAGCCAUAGUCAAUAAAAGGAUACCUAUAACAGCGUGGAUUCCACACUACACCUUGGCAGCCCUUUUUCAGGACAUCCUCGCCGGGUUUACAGUAGGUUUGACGGAAAUACCUCAAGCAAUUGCAAGUGCUAUGGUAGCAGGAGUUCCUCCGCAAUACGGUUUAUACUCGGGAAUUUUAGACGCAAUAGUGUAUGUAAUUUUUGGAACAUGUAAAGAUAUCAAUAUCGGACCCACGGCUAUAAUGUCUUUAAUGGUGCAACCUCACGUUAAGAAGAUGGGUCCCGACAUGGCGGUGCUUAUAACGUUUUUAUCCGGUGCAAUUAUUUUCGUAUUCGGUCUGCUACGCUUAGGAUUCCUGACUGAAUUCUUUUCUUUUCCCGUUAUAACAGGAUUCAUGACGGCCGCAGCUAUACAAAUCGGUUUAUCGCAGAUACCAAAUUUGCUGGGCAUACCUGGAGGGGGCAACGAAUUUCUGGAAGCUUGGAUAACUAUUUCCGAAAACAUUGCGCAAAUAAGCUGGUGGGAUUCGCUAUUGGGGAUAUCCACUAUUACCAUUUUAAUAUUACUAAAGCGAGUGGGGCGCUACGGAGGUCGUCACAAUCGCCCAGAAUUAUCAACCACCAAAAAUAUCUUAAGAAAAGUGCUAUGGCUAUGCUCCAUUGCACGUAAUUCUGUCGUUGUCAUUAUUGGAACGUUAAUUGCAUGGAUCUUAUACACGAAUGGAAUGAAGCCUUUUAAAUUAACAGAUAAAAUUGACAAUGGGUUGCCCACGAUCCAAUUACCACCAUUCAGCACGGUUUUCAAUAACCAAACGUACUCAUUUGUGGAUAUGAUUAAACAGUACGAAAGCACUAUUGCAUUUAUGCCACUAAUUGCCAUUUUAGAGCAUGUGGCUAUAGCUAAAUCCUUUGCAAAAGGAAAGACAGUUGACGCGACUCAAGAAAUGAUAGCCUUAGGCUUAUGUAAUCUUUCUGGGUCUUUGAUAAGGUCAAUACCGGUAACUGGAUCUUUCAUUCGCUCUGCCAUCAAUAACGUUUCGGGGGUUCAAACUACUUUAGCGGGUGUUAUGGUUACUGUAAUGAUAUUCCUCGCCCUUGUUUUUCUAACCACUGCAUUUUCCUUUAUACCCAAAGCGACAUUGGCCGCUACUGUAAUAUGUGCAAUUGCUCAGAGUGUAGAUUUUAAAGCAAUCAUUACACUAUGGAGAACUAAAAAGAUGGAUCUAAUACCUUUCCUCAUUACACUAGUGAACGCGCGUCCGUCAAUUGAGAUUGAAAGAGAGAAAUCUCCACAAGGCGACGUAUUUGUAGUAACCCCGAGUAGAAGUCUCCAAUUUCCAUCGGCCGAAUAUCUGAGGGAAAAAGUGAUACAAGACUGUUACGAUCCCAAAGUAACGGUCGUACUCAAUGGAAAGUACAUAAAUAAUGUUGACGCAACAGUGGCGAAAAACUUUAAAGUUCUUGCCGACGAUCUGAUACUGCGAGAGCAAAAUAUUAUAUUUUGGAACUUUAAAAUGAACGUCAGAAAUAUCUGUAAAGGCGUAGAUCAAAAGUUGGUGGACUUUUUUAAGGAUGGCAAUCUGCAGGAUAUUAUCGAGGCACGAAAAGUACAAGCGGCAUUCAUGUUCAAGUUUAUUAUCGCACAAGCGAAAUCCACAUCCGAAAUCGAAGACAUAUCAAUUAGAGAACCCCCUUCUCGUAUUGCUUACACACCGUCCAGCAGCGGGCAGCAGAAAGAAAGCAACAGAUGCAGCGAUGAAUCGAACGGAUCUCGAAAAUAG